AUGACGACGGCGAAGUGCCUGCUGCAGGGACGGAGAGAAUAUGUUUCUGGGGUUGGGUUGGAGCUCCGGGAGGUUGGGCCCAACGAGGCCGCAACGCCAAAGCGAAGGGGCCUGAAUCUCUUCCAUGCCGAGUUUCUUGGAUCCGCUAAUCUAGCGGAAUACCUGGGCUUGUUUCCUGUGGACUCCUUACACCUGCCUAUACCCCUAAACGUCGUGCUUGUGGGGUUCCACGGGGACGGUAACGCGGGCGUAAACAUCACAACAUGGGAGCUCAACGACUGGUUCUCACACCUCGAUCACGUGCUGCCACACACCCGGAUAGACCGCUCGGAGCUCACCUGCGAGGAAGACGGUCAGUGCGCCGGCCUGGUGCACGGCCGCUUCCACCCGACCCCCAUGCCGUCCUAUGUGCACCUCAACUUCACAUGCAAUGUGGUGCUCAUUAAGCGGACGGACGUCGUGGACACGUUUGAACGAGCCAUUUCGGUGUUCAGCCGCCCCGUGGAUCCCGCAGUGACAACGGGCAUGCAGCAGGUGGAUGCGCACAAGAUGGAGGUCCUCGUUGACCAUUUUGUGACCGCGUUGGGCCUAGAAAACUCGUACAGCCUUGUCGUGCUCAACCCCAACUGGCACGCGGACGAGCCGGUGUACGGCUACCGACUGGGCAUCAGCAGCCAGGAAAUGCAGGCGGUCAAGGGCAACAACGACAGGCUGCGGCGCACCAUGGCGGCCCACACUACGGCGGAACCCGCGCUGCCCUCUCGCUUCCGUGGCGGCUGGGGCGGCCACCAUUACUCCUGGCCGCACGGUCGCGUGGUGGCUCCCAAGUUUUCUGAGGUGGACAGCACCGCGGAGAGCGAGCGCUGGGUGUCCGUGGUGGGCUCCUACCUGGGCGAGGAGGAGCAUCUGAGGCGACGGCUGUUGGAGGCGGCGGGGGGGGAGCGCGGUGCUGGCGCGUUUGUGCACGUGGCCAGGCUGCUGAACAGGCCGGGCAGCACCAUGGGGGCAUUGCUGCGGAAGGAGCUGGUGGAGUCCUGGGCGGACGCGGCAGAGGCCCUGCACAGCUCCUUCCACAGCGCCCACCCCGCGGAGGACUGCCUGGUGAACACCUGGGUGGGCUCCAGCGGCCGCUGGGUGCUGCUGGACCUCACAGCGGGCGGCAAGGACUGGGGACCCGCACUGGGCGGUGACGGGGUGGUGCACCACCAGACGCUGCCGCGGGUGCAUGAGCUGUUUGGCGGCGUCAAGCGGCUCAAGAACCAGGUUCGUGAGGACGCCCGCAUCCACGGCACCGCGGAGCAGAUGGUUUCGGACUCGCUGUCCCAGGCCAAGUCUGCCCGACUGCCCUCCGUAGCCAACCGCCACCACCACGCCUUCCUGCUCAAACGUCAGGCCGCCCGGCGUCAGGCCAUGGAGCCCGGCUCCAAGCCGGUGGACCCCGCUGCCGAGGAGGAGGAGGAGCGCAUGUGGCGGGCCCAGCACCAGAUGGUGCUGCUGCAGGCAGAGCUGGACCUGCUGGAGGAGUGGGCCAUGAGGUAUUGCUACAACAACGCGAACCCCCCGCUGGUGUGCGGGACCUGGAAGGAGGAGGCGCUGGAGCUGCGUGCGGGGCUGUCCAAGCUGCAGGCGUCCACCAGCGCUGCGGCGGUGUAUGAGCUCUUCCGGGAGCACCGCUGGGACAUAUUUGGGGCCGAACAGGACCUGGGCGAGCUUCACCCAGAGCUGUGGGACGAGGAGGAAAUCUCCAAGGACAUGUUGCUGUCGGAGCUGGCGGGGGCGCUGUCCCGGGCCAUACGCCACGUCAUUGCGCCGCCAACCGUCAGCUGGCACGGCAGGCGGGUGGCGCUGCUGCCGGAGGAGACGGUCAACUUCCACAUCGUGGUGCUGUCCGACAACAGCCGCUUCUUGCAGACCUCCAACCCCCACACCGCAGCAUUUGACGUGGAUGGAUUCAAGGUGGCCGUGGAUGACCUGCGCCUGCCAAACCAGGUGUUCCAGUUUUUCGUCAGCCGGGUGAACCUGUUGGACGAGCCUGCCCUGGCAGCGGGUAUGGCGGCAGCCAUGCGUACCACGCUGCACGACAUACCUUCCUCCGAGGACUUUUUCGAGGCUGAGAUGGAGCGUGUGUUCGUGGACAGCCGGGAGCUGGCCGCCACCCUGCGCCGGCACUUCCCGCCCACCAAGCAGCAACUGCACCGGCAGCAGGCGGAGAGCAGCACACGGAAGAUCAGCCUCACGGCCCAGACUCGCGACGUGCCCGUGUACGUCUUGCAGCUGGAGCGCGACGCUGCCGUAUUGCUGGACGAGCAUUACAACGCCCGAGCUCUCGAGGACAUGAUCCUGGUGGUUUCCAACAGCGCGCGGAGGGAUGAGCACCCCACGGGUAUGAUGUGCGGCGGCAUGCUGGUGGCCCGACCCAUCUCCGCCCUGAAGGAGGCCCUGGCAGCCACCCUGCUGCACCUGGGCGGGGUGCUGCCACCACACCUGGGCUAUAACCCUCGUAGCCACACCGUCACCCAUGACUGGCUGUGGUCCGUGGGGGGCCACCCUCUGUCUUUUACGUCGACAGGUCAGCAGUACACGGUGAUGCAGCGGGACGCGCUCGCCCGGUCCUACCUGCUUGACGCACUGGACACGAGCGUAGAUGCGGUGAAUGCGGCCAUCGUACAGCUUGCGAAAGCCAAGCCGUCGACCAAGCUGUUCAAACAUGUAAAGGAGCAUCAUGCCGGUGUACGGAGCCUGCUUCGUGCGUACGGCGAUGUGGUGUCAACCUGGCGCUCCGCCGCCGCGGUGGCGUACAUGCUGGAUUUCACCACUGCCCUCGAGUACCUCCGUACUCUGGAGAGCCAGGUGCAUACGGUGGCCGAGCACGCCUAUGCAGUGGCGCACAUGGCGGAUCCGGUGCAUUGUUCUGAGCAGGUGGUGGAUUCGGUGGGGCUGCUGGUGCCGGUGACCUAUCUGGGCAGUGCGGUGCUGGCGGUGCUGUCACUGCUCUGGGCGGUCCUCCCUCGGCUCACUUUCCGCAAGGCCAAGGCCAGCUGA